CUUAAGUUAUCCGGUCUCUCUUUUUUUCAUCCCUCACCGCUCGUUCUUCAGCCAUGCCUUCCUUUGUCAACGCUGUCGUCGUUUUUCUGGCCGCCGUCGCCUCCGUCAACGGCCUCGUCACUCCCCACAUCGCCAGGCACAACGCGCACCACAGGUCAAUCGCUGCCCGCGUCGCUGAGCCUCAGGUCCAGCCCGCGCUCGUCCCCAGGGCUCCAACAGCCACUCUCAGGAAGCGAUGCAGGCCCAGGCUCGUCUUCGUUACCCCCUCUCCUUCCCCCAGCACCGCCCCAGCUCCCAGCCCUGAGGUCCCUCCUGUCAACGUUGCACCCUCCCCGUCCCCAGAGCCCCAGCCUGAGCCUGAGCAGCCCGCACCUGUCCCGUCCCCGGAGGCCCCUCCUGCACCUGUCGAACCUGCUCCCCAACCUGCCCCACAGCAACCUGCCCCACAGCCCGGCAACGGCGGCGGUAACCAGCCAGGGUUCAUGUCUGGCACACAGACCGGCCAAGGCACCUUCUACGACGCUGGUCUUGGUGCCUGCGGUAUUGUGAACACCAACGCCGACUACAUUGCUGCCGUCUCCCACCUCCUCUUCGAUAACUACCCCGGAUACAACCGUGUCAACCCUAACACCAACCCCCUCUGCGGCAGGACUGUCACCGCUACCUACCAAGGAAGGAGCGUCACCGUCGCCAUCACUGACCGCUGCGAGGGCUGUGCAGUCACUGACCUUGACUUCACCCCUUCCGCGUUCGCCCAACUUGCCGACCACAGCCUCGGCCGCAUCAGCGGUGUUACCUGGCACUGGAACUAGGUUUCCAACCUCGCAAUAACCAACCCUCAUAGAAACUCGUAACGAGUUCAAGCAUACCCAAGCUUUCUCCUCUCUCUAUCAUUUCCUUUCCAAGAAAACGCUACUGCCAGCUCAGUGGCGCUAUUGCAAUCAUCAGGCUUUCUGGCACAAGUCGACACACACUUGCAAAGGGCGCUCUCCGUGCGAGCGAUCGUUCACCAGUUGGCUGCUUGCAGCUAACCUGACGUUCGAACGACUGGCCUUGUCAUAGUUUAGUUUGCACUCGCUUUCGAGCCAGACUCGUUAGGAUCAUCACUGUCAGUCUUUUGUAACCUCAGUCAUGUACUUGCUGUAGCCAUGUAUCAUGCUUUCACUCUCUUGUUCUCGUCCUGGAAUAAACUCAUAUG